GCGAAUUUUUGACAGGCGGUAGUUUUCGCCACCACACGUGUUUUGGGAGUCGGCUUGUGGUGAAAACAUCCAGAGAAAUACUCCAAAAUCAUGGAUCCAGGCGUUUGUUACAUCAAACCAGAGUAUCUCAUUGAAGUGCUGAAAACGACUGAUAUAAACUUGGGUGAGUAUCCAGAAAAGCAUGACUUGCAGCAGAAAGCCGAUAGGAAGAGAGAUAAGAAACGAGGGCAGAAUAAGAACCGCCCGGCGCCUUACAAGGUGAAGCGGGAAUCCCAGUUGUGCUCGAGUUUGGUCAACGGAGAUCCAUCGUCUGCCUGCAGUUAUCCAAAAUGUAUUUAUCUGCACGAUGUGAAAAAGUAUCUGGAGGAGAAGCCGAAAGACAUUGGCCAGAGCUGCUAUAUUUACUCCCAGACUGGCCAUUGCCAAUAUGGCCUGACAUGUAGAUAUGCAGCGUGUCAUCUGGAUGAGGAUAAGAGGAAUUUAGGUGCGAAGGAAGGUGUGAGGAAGCCAUUCUCUCACGUGGACAUCGAAAUGCUGACGCUUUUGCGGAAGAAGCAGUACAAUCUGGAGAAGAGUCGGAAGAUUGUGGCGGAAUAUGAGAAGAGAAGGAAUCAGGGAUAUACGCCAGACACAGAUUUGAUCCCUGAGAGGCCAGCCGAGAAGAGGCAAAUAGACUUCCGCGACAAACUCUUCCUCAGUCCCUUGACGACUGUGGGAAAUCUGCCCUUCAGACGGAUCUGCAAGGAGUACGGAGCCGAUGUGACUUGUGGUGAGAUGGCCUGUGUGGUGCCUCUGCUCCAGGGAGCGAAGCAGGAGUGGGCCUUGACCAAGAGGCAUCCCUCAGAGGAUCUAUUUGGCGUGCAGAUUUGUGGCAACAAGGCUAGUCUGGUGGCUGGAGCCACGCAGGUUCUGAUUGAGAAGGCUAAUGUGGACUUUGUCGAUCUCAAUCUGGGCUGUCCAAUUGAUUUGAUCUACAAACAAGGAGCGGGCAGUGCUCUGAUUCGUCGCCAGAACGUCCUGGAAGGGAUUGUGCGCAGCUGCGCGACUGUUCUGGGCGACAAACCCUUCACAGUAAAGACCAGGACCGGCGUCUAUGCGGACAAGAGCGUGGCUCAUGAGUUGGUGCCCAAAUUUGAAGAGUGGGGAGCCAGUUUGGUCACAGUUCAUGGAAGAUCCAGGGAGCAGAGAUACACGAAGACCGCCGACUGGAAGUACAUUGAGGAGUGUGCGAAGCAGGCUAAAGAGAUUCCUGUUAUAGGGAAUGGCGAUAUUCUCAAUUUCGAGGACUAUCAGGAAGCGAGAAGGAUUGCUCCUCACAUUUCUGGUGCGAUGAUUGGCAGAGGAGCUCUUAUCAAGCCGUGGCUCUUCAAGGAAAUCAAGGAUGGGCGUCACUGGGAUCCAUCCGCCUCGGAACGCUUCGACAUGAUGAAGAAGUUCGUCAACUAUGGACUCGAACAUUGGGGAAGUGACACGAAGGGUGUGGAAACGACCAGGAGAUUCCUUCUGGAGUGGCAGUCUUUCCUGUACAGGUACGUUCCCUACGGACUACUUGAGCAUCCGCCGCAGAAGAUCAACGCUCGACCAAACACUUAUCGUGGUCGGGAUGAUCUGGAGACUCUGAUGGCGUCCAACAACUGCGCCGACUGGAUUCUGCUGAGUGAGAGACUCCUGGGCCCAGUGCCGGAUGGCUUUGUCUUCCUGCCCAAGCACAAAGCCAACUCUUAUUGA